GUUUAAUUUAUUUCGUAGUUUUAAAGGCUAUGGAGGAUAAACAUACAGUCACACCACCAAAUAAUGGGGCAGAGAGUAGCCCCACAAAUCAAAGUCCUGAAUCUUCAAGACCACGGAUUCAACGAGAGAGGUCGCCAAACUCGAUCUGCGCAGUCUGCCUGGGUACAAGACAGAAUCCGUGUUUCAGUGAUGGCUGCUUGCACGAGUUCUGCUUUGAAUGUCUCCGGCAAUGGUCGCAGGAGAAACCAGAAUGCCCCCUCUGCAAGACGAGAUUUCGUUCCAUAAUCCAUAAUAUUCGCUCUGAGGACGACUACGAUGUGUACGAGCUGCCUGCUCCAGAAAAUAUGUGGUUGAACAUCGUAUAUAUUGAUUUCCUUGUAUCUGGACAAUGGUACCGACACAGUGCCAUGUUCAGGACCAACAAUAGUGUCGAAAGAAUGCAGUUAUAUUUUCUGGAAGGCAGAAUAGAAUCUCCCGAAGAUACGCCGGCCGAUAUUUUACCACAACCUUCAAACCCGGAACACAGAGUGGAAUCUAAUGACAGUACGUCAACCCAGAUGCCAACAUCGGAUUCAAGUAUUAGAAACACAUCCACGGCGUCCCAACGUUCAAACUCUUUUGUAUCUAGUCCUUCCAUGACCAUAAACUCUGCAUACCAGGAAUUUGUGAGAGAGUGUUUACGUGCACUUUUCCCACGUGUCCUGGCAAUGUCCAGUGGCUCACAGCAGAGUCCCACGAGUAGUGAUUCCCAUAGUGCCACAUCAGUUCCCAGUGUCUCGCCACAACACCCCGCGAGCAGUAAUCCUGCAGAAGCUGAGCCAAUGCAGAGAGACGAGAAUUUUGGAUCAGACGACUUAGCAAUCAUGGCCUAUGCAGAACUUUCUCGUGACGCUACACUUCAGGUCUUCUCCUUGGUGUCUUCUGAUGAAGAAGACGACGAAAAUGCAUUAUUUGUGAGUAUGGUUAUGUUCACAUGCCAUGCGUCGCCACACAACAAAGAUUGCACUGUACAUUUUUACUUUCGCUGCUGAUAAGGAAGGUGAAGUUUAGAUACGAACACUCUGGAACACUUUUCAUUAGAUUCAUACAGCGAGAGUUAUAACUGUGGGAUGAUAAUAAUGGCAAUAAUACUUAAUUUCGUUCGCUUAUUACUGCGCUUGAAAACAACAAGGACGUCAAUUACUGACAAGCAAUGAAGAGGACAUGAGACAUGAAAACAUGCAGAUAACACAUCUUCUGCAUUUUACAGUGUGUACAUAUGUCGUAUAAAAAAUGGUUUGCCCCUUUCUUGCAUAAUAUAUAUUCUUCGGGACAUUCACAGCAA